AAUAUCUUAUCCAUGUGAGACAAGCAGGUUUUGGCUUUGAACUAACACGUGUAUAAUAAUUUUAGCUGCACAUAUGACAAACUGGCCUCCCACACAAAGCGUCUGAACACUGGACAGUCAUGCUGCUGAAAACAUGGUUUGAAAAUCUGGCAACCCGGACAGUGAAAGCGCUGUUUGGUUUCAGCUGAGGGGAAAACUGCUGAAACCAAACAGACUGGGUCGAAAGUCCAUCGAGGCCAACUGUGUCAAACCCCACCGUCCCUACUGAACACUGCGUUACAUUUUAAGCCAUUUUCAGAAUGGAGAUCCCAGUAUUUACGCUUGACGCUUUUACCAAUUUACCGUUCAAGGGAAACCCGGCUGCAGUUUGUCCGCUGAUGCAUGAGCUGAGUGAUGAACUUUAUCAGAAGAUAGCAGCAGAGAUUAACCUGUCAGAAACUGCUUUCGUCACCAGGAUCAACCCCUCUGACGAUUUCUCCAAGGCAUCGAGGUUCUGCCUUCGAUGGUUCACACCGACCACUGAGGUGAACCUGUGCGGUCACGCCACUCUGGCCUCUGCAGCAGUGCUGUUCCAGUAUAAGAAUAACAUCAAUCCUACAGUGGUGUUUGAGACUAGGAGUGGAGAUCUGCUCGUCACCCAUCACAGGGAAGGCUUUGUCAUGGAUUUUCCUCUCAACUCACCCACCCAGGAGGAUCCCAGUGGGUUCAGAGACAUCAUCAAGACUGCAGUAGGAGAUCACCCAGUCCAGGAUGUUUAUCUGAACUCCAACACUAAGAAACUGCUGGUUAGACUGGCUGACAGCUGUGACAGGUCAGUGCUAACCAGUCUGAAAGUCGACCCUGUCGCUCUUCAAAGCAGUGAGAAGAGUGGAAGAGUGAAAGGACUAAUCAUCACCAUGAAAGGAUCUCCAGAAUGCCAGCCAGGAUAUGACUUCUACUCCAGAUAUUUUGCUCCAUGGGCUGGAAUUCCAGAGGAUCCUGUCACUGGUUCUGCCCACACUGUCCUUGGUGGCUACUGGUCUAAGAAACUUGGAAAGAAGAAAAUGUUGGCUUACCAGUGCUCCAGUCGAGGUGGGGAGCUGGAACUAGAAGUGAGGGACGAUGGAAGAAUCAACAUAGCGGGACAGGUUGUCACUGUACUGAAGGGAACAAUCACAGUGUAGCCGAAGACACAUGUAAACCAGUGGGGACAGUCUCUAUGUACCAGCAGAGAAGCAGACAGAGGCUUUGCAUCAUUUGAUAAAAACAAAAUGGUUUACAUAAAGGGGAAAAAAAAAAUAGACUUCAGUUCAUAGCGGUUAAUCUGAUAAUGAAACAUGACUCAGUGUGAAAACAAACUACAGGAUGGAAAGAACAUCUCACACUUUGUCAGGAUUUUUAUUAUUAUUCGUUCACGUAAGACAAAACAUAAGGCAAAAUUACAAUACAUAAAAGUACAAAAUAUAAAAAAAAAAAAAAAAAAACACACAAAAAGUCAAAUCAAAGGUUGUGUUAAGUUAAACAGAUGGUAGACAGACAUAAAGUUAGCCUGGUGGCGUUAACGGACACACUCGGGUCAUUAGGGCUGCAACUAACAAUUAUUUUCU